AUGUGGCAUCCUUCUUUAUUAUGUCUACUUAUUGUUUGGUUCCAAAUCGUUCGUGCAACAGAUCGAAAUUUACUAGUUAACACAAAGGACACUUCAUUAUUCGAAUUCUACCAGGAUUCUUUUCGUAUGAAUGCUGAACCAUUUUCUACGCAGAAGGAUAGUUCUAUCAUUAACUCAGAUAACAUAUAUGAAUGGACACCAGUAGUAUCCAACAUUACUGUUGGUGAACAAAACUCUUUCGUCUUCAACAUCGAUCCUGAAUCAACCGGUUCUGGAUUUGCGCCAACCUAUGAAAUCUUAAUGUUCCUGAGUGGUAAUUUAUGUAGUACACCUAAUAAUACUGAUGGUAUUGAACUGAGAGUGCAUUAUUCCUUUGAUGAAAACCUAAUGACCAAUACAUCCAAUGGCCAAUAUGAAGCUUUCAAAGAUGGGUUCAUGGAAGCUCUAGCUAUUAGCCCUAUCCAAACAUCAGCUUCAAAUACUACUUCCAAGUAUCAAAACUUAUAUGUUGUUGUACAACUGUUUAACAGUACAACAAACGAACCAUUAACAGAUGAAUUUUUAGAUCCGUCACAAAAAGACGUGUGGGAUUAUAGAUUAAGUAUUUCCGAAAACGAUUUAGUGUUCCAAUGGGAUGUACGGUCAUGGUUAGAUGUAUUAGAUACGGAUCAUAAUUCUGCACUAUUGACAACAGGAAAUGUCACCGCUGAUGCUCAAGUAUUCUAUAAUUAUUCUACGUACGAUACUUCAUUAUAUGAUCUUUACGUUUAUUCCUAUGAAGACUCCCUCAAGUUUGAGGAUGGAUUGAGUUUAUCCUUGUGUGCUAUCAAAAAUGGACCUUACUUGGUUUCAUCUGUAGAUUCUGGCAGAGUUAGUUCCUCAUUAGAGGAAGAAGGACUGGUCAUUCAAAAAUCUAUUAGGGAAGGUGGUGGUAACGGUGUGAGCGAAUAUUUCUACAUAACAGGGUUGAAUAGUUCUACUACAUAUGCGGCUAUAUUAACUAAAAAGAUCGGUAAAAGUGGUAACCUUUCAGAUGUUGGAGGUGUACUCUUUGCUAAGCAAUAUUUUACAACAAGAGAUACCAAUACUUGCUCUUUAAUUUAUGAUUUACAUUUUUGUGAUGGUGUGGCAUAUUCAGUCCCAACAUCUUCGUUUGCAUAUGAUAAUAAAACUUUGAUAGCUGAAACAUACGAUAAUAUAGCAGAAGCCCUUUUCGCCAAUUUUAGUAAAGCUUUACAGCUAAUUCCAUGCGAUGCAGAAAGUGACGCUAGGUAUUCACCUCUUCGGACAUGUGAUGAUUGUUCCAAAUCAUACGGUGAUUGGGUUUGUGCCGUUUCUAUUCCAAGAUGUACGACAACAUCAUCGACGUACUAUAUGUCUAGAAAUAAAACUAAAAAUCGAAAUAAAUAUAUUGAUAUUUAUGUUCAACCAGUUAGUGACUAUUAUGAAAUUUUGCCAUGCAUAGAUAUGUGUCAUGCUAUAGUAAGAGAUUGCCCAAGCGAUUUUGGAUUUGCCUGCCCGAAUCCGCAGUAUACGAACGAAUUGCUAUAUUACAGCUAUAAUUAUUACAAGAAAGGUGCGACAUUAGACACAUGUAAUUUUAUUGGUAAUGUUUCAAAUUUGGUUCAAGUAGAGUAG